GCGCGCUUUGUGUGUGUGUGAGGAGGAAAGGAGGGAUGCGGGGAGAAUAGAAGCCUGUCGGGAACGCGCAUUUAGGGGAAAGAGAAGCGUGCACGCUGGAAGGUGGCAGUGCCUGGCUGAGUAACGGGCUGACUCGGAGGGGACUCUCCGGUACCGGCGGGGGAAGAGGAAGCCAAGACGUGUGUGAGGCGAUACCGGAGCGGGAGGAGCCGGGGGGAGAGGCCGGGAGACCAUGUCCUUCCUCCGUCCUCUGUCAGUAGGGAGAAGCCGCCGCUACCAGCGCUGCUCUCCGGCUGAAAGUUGCAGUCGUCUAAGAAAAAUACAAGAGAUCCUCAACAAAAAGAGCAAAUCGAUCCCUGAUGGAAUUCUCUGCAUUUUAGGAAUUGACAGUCGGUACAAUGAAGGGUGCAAGGAGCUUGCAAAUUACCUGCUCUUCGACUUGUAUAGCCAAAGAAACACAGACUUUGAAAGAACAGCAUUUCCUGAAGAAGUCCUGGAUGAUGUGAUAAUACUUAUAAAGCUUGAUAGCGUCCACCUCUACUGUAAUCCUGUGAACUACACAUACCUGCUGCCACUUGUGGGAUGUUGGAGAAAUUUACAUUUCCAUUGCAUGUCAGAUGGAGAGUAUGAAGACGAGGAGGCUGCAGAAGAAUACAAGAUAGCCAGCUUUGUCAACAUGGUCCGCGACUGUGGCCAAAUAGGGAUUCCUUAUAGCUGCAGAGGUCACCUGCAAACCUUUGACAUGUUUAUAGUUGAGAAGUGGCCCAUUGUGCAAGCUUUUGCCCUGGAGGGUAUUGGAGGUGGCGGAUUCUUUACAAUGAAACACGAGUUAAUGGAUGUCAGUGAGUUGCUUUGGAAGGUUUACAGCGACAUGGACCCUGUUCUCUUGGAGUCCUUGAUAAUGGAGGAUUUGACCACAUUUGAACAUCAGUGGACAAACUUGUUUUCACAUUUUGAAACUGAAAUCCCUUUCGUUCUGGAGCUGUCCGAGUGUCAGGCAGGAGAGCCAUUCAGAAGUUAUUUCAGUCAUGGAAUGCUUUCUAGCCAUAUUGCAGAACCCAGUCCCUGUAGACAGCCUUUUGUUCUCUUCGGCACUCACUCCACUAGAGAAAAUCUGAAGCCGGGCAACUUUAUCUUUCCAUCCGAAGGCCACCUGGUUAGAAACACGGGCCCCGGGGGGAGCACAGCCAAGCACAUGGUGGCUCAGUGUGUUUCCCCGAAAGGACCUUUGGCUUGUUCCAGGACUUACUUUUUUGGAAGCACUCAUAUCCCUUACUUAGGAAAAGAUAACGACGUACAAAAGAAAAACGAGCACAUUACCCUGCUAUCGCAAAUAUACGCUGCUGUGGUGGAAGCUGUGCUUGCUGGUAUUGCUAGCUAUGCCAAAUCUUUAAGCCCAUCAAAGGCAAAGGAGGUAGCAGAGCAGACUCUCUGGGCGAAAUUGGACUUGGUGAACCUUCUGCACAUAAAAUCUUCAUUAAGGUCUAAAGUAACAUUUCAAAUCGAAGCUGUGAAUAGUCUUGGAAGGAUUGUGCCAUUGGACGAUGGGUUACAUUUGGUUAAUACAGCCAGCAUGGCAGUUUAUGACAUUCCAGACGUACAAAAUGGAAGAGGAUGUUUAGGAUCCGUCGUGUUUUCCGAAUCAUUCUUGAAAUCCCAAAUCAAUGUGAAAGAGAAAGAUGGAACUGUGUCUACAGAUAACAGCUUCACCAUUCUCACUGCUGCCAUUCCACGCUUCCUAUCAUGGCUGGUAGAAGACAAUGAAGUAAAACUGUCAGAGAAAGCAUUCAGCACAGUAAAGGAAGAAAAAUCUUUCCUUGGCAGUUUUAUUUCGAGCGGUGAUGGCACUUAUAUGUGCCCUGGAAGCUUGCAAAUUGGUCCUGAAGAAGGUAAACUGUGUUUCUUUUCUGACGGCAUUCUCUUUCUCCAUCCCUACCAUGGGAGCGUCACCAUUUCAAGGAAUCAUGUGAAUUCUAUUAAACUGUACGAUGGAAACUCUAGCACAGUCGCUGCUGCACUCAUUGUUGAAUAUAAAAGCUCCCUGACGCCACACCUACCGAUUCAUUUCAAUGUUGCUUCUGGCUUCCUCACGUUUGCACUUAUGCCCAAGUCAAAGAGCUAUCGGACUUUCUACUCGCAGGUCCUCCCUGUGUGGCAGAAGUGUACAGAUAAUUCUGAAUUCCACGUACAAGUAAUUCAGGAAGAUCAACUGUCCUCAGAACAGAAACAAAUUUACCUGAACAUGCAGAAUUUGUAUGAAGCACUGUCCUAUCCAACAGCAGAGAGAUGGACUCGCCUCAAGAUGGCGUCGGCAAGCCUUCCUGGGAUAGAAAGUUUCUUCCAGCACCUUGGAGUGAGCAGUGUGGGAAGGGUGCCAAUCCCAAGGGUGCACCUUCCAGUUGUACUCCAGCAUUCUGAGCCUGCUACUCCUAAUAACCCAGAGAAUGAAAAGAUGACAAUAACAAUCGUGAGUGGACUGCCGGGGAGUUACUGCAAUGAACUCUGCGUCUCUCUGGUUUCCUUACAAACAGAAUACGGAAGCUUCAGAUGGAACGUCUACCGCCAGCCUUCCGACAGCAUGGAGGAUUUUGCCAGCGUGCACUUUCAGCGGCACCUCUCCAACGUCCUGGAAGUGAAGCGGAAACACGGCGUCCAUAAGGCUGCUUUCUUCCGCCGGAAUAUCCGGAUGCUUGUCGUGUUAGAUGGAUACUCAGAUGUGCUUGAUGUAGUGCAGGCCCUGCAGACUCACUCUGACCCCGAAGUCAGGUCCUCGUAUAUCAUUGGGGCAGUCGCCGCCUGUGUGAAUCCCCUGAGCUGCUUCAUGGAACACAGGUUUACAUUUCCAAAGUUUCUGGAGCAGUGCUCACAAGGUAUUGUGAGCAGCGUGGUCAUUACCAGCCUUACUACUGAGCAGAGGCACCCUAACUUUGUGCUACUCCAGAAACUGAUCAGAGCAGCCAACCCUGGGGCUGCAUUUAUUCUAGCAGAGAAGGGAAUGGUUACCAGGAAUGAGGAUAUUGAGCUGAUCAUGUCGGACAGUAGCUUCUCCAACCCACAGAUGCUGAGAGCUCGCUACCUGAUGUACCCUGGAUGGUUCGAAGGGCAGUUUUCAUCUGGCGCUGCUUUCCCAAAGAUGGAUCAGAUCUGUGUGAGGUUCAGCCGUCCCUUAGAAAAAGCACGCUUUAUGACACGAUGCAAAGCAAUCAAGAGCUCCAUAAAGACCUUCCCAUUCAGUGGGAACCUGUACCAUAUUGUGGGAAGAGUGUUAUUUUCAGAUGCUGAGCAGAGGAUGGAAGUGUGCCAUGACACGUUAGUCAACUCAUUGCGUCUCGCCCCGGUGGAGGACGGUCCCAGCCCACCUCCUGAUCCGAAGCGCGAUCAGCGAGAGACCAAUCAGCCGUGCAUGCUGGUGUUUACUGGUUGCUCCCUUAAAGAAGAAGACAUAAAGGAUUGGCUGAGACAGUGCGCCAAGCAGAAACCACAGAAGAAGCUUUUGAGAACAAGAGGAACACUGACUCUUCAGGAAAUGCGCGGUAUCCAUGCUCGGCAUCAUCUGGAUCCCCUCCCUCAAGGCUAUUUCUACAACGGAACUCAGUUUGUAAACUUCCUUGGGGAGAAAAUGGACUAUCAUCCAUUAAUGGAUCAGUUCAUAUACGACUAUCUACACGAGGCAAACCAAGAGAUAGAAAAGUACAACAAAGAGCUGGAAGCACAGGAAUACUUCGACAUUUUCGGGCAGAAGUUGUGAAACGAGCUGCGGAGCCUUUGAUCUUCCCUCCAUUGCUACAUCGACUCCUGAGCAAAAUCACUAUGUGCCGCGAGUCGGUGCUUCCUUCUGUUGUCUUCAUCAUCUACUUUAUUUACCUUAUGCAAUCGCUAACUCAGCAGUGUGUGCGACUGGUAGCCUACAGUAAUGCCUGCUAGCCACCGUGUCUGCUUCACCUGUAAUUUGGCCGUCGUAGCGGCAAGCUGUGUGAUUGGCCCCAACUUCGGAACCAGUUUAUAUUUGUGUGGCUUGUACUAGUUACAGGAGCCCCAUCACGAGGCGGCCAUUUUGGCAUUGUAUUUGCCAUCCAUUCCUCAGCUUGGCAUUCACUGGAGACAUUCUGCUCAUUGAAGGUUUGCAGUGGGUUUGUUACAGGGAAUGGAUGUUGGAUUCAAGGCUGUCAAGUUUUAUUAGCUUAACAGUUUUGAGUGAAUAUUAUUGGGGCAGUUCUUGUUAAACACUGUCAUUUUAUCAUCAGUGUAAGUAGAAUAUUGUGAACUGUAGCUUUAAAGGGGUAGUUCACAUUUAAGUUUUAGUAUGUUAUAGAAUGGCUAAUUAUAAACAACUUUUCAGUUAGUCUUCA